AUGCGCAUGUGGAGAGGGCGGCGAGAACGUCCAUAUGCGUUCGUGAGAUUCCUGAAAACUCCGCUAUCUGAAGCUGAAAUAUCUGACCCAUGGCCUGGAUUCGAGAGAGACAGCCUGGCGGAGGUGUUCCGAUGUUUCAUUUGCAUGGAGAAGCUGCAGGACGCGCACCUGUGUCCGCACUGCUCCAAGCUAUGCUGCUACCUGUGCAUCCGGCGGUGGCUGACGGAGCAGCGGCCGCAGUGCCCGCACUGCCGCGCCAACCUCCACCUGCACGAGCUGGUCAACUGCCGGUGGGUCGAGGAGGUCACGCAGCAGCUGGACACGCUGCAGCAGGCAGGGGUCCGCCCGCCGCCGCCGGACACCGAGAAAGACAGGUGCGACAGCCACCAAGAGAAGCUAAGUGUAUACUGUUGGACCUGCGGCAAAUGCAUCUGUCACCAGUGCGCACUCUGGGGUGGGACCCACUCUGGCCACACCUUCAAGCCGUUAGAGGAGGUCUACGAACAACACAUCACACAGAUCAGGGAGGAGGUCGCCCAGCUGCGGAGGAGGUUGCACGAGCUGGUGUCCCUUGUCCAGGAAGUGGAGAGGAACGUGGAGUCAGUGCGAGCAGCAAAGGACGAGCGUGUUCGGGAGAUUCGCAACGCCGUUGAACUUAUGAUCGCUCGACUUGACUCUCAGCUCAAGUCGAAGUUGCUCACACUCAUGGGACAGAAGAACUCCCUCACACAGGAAACAGAGCAGCUAGAGUCCUUGCUGCAAGAGAUUGAGCACCAGUUGCACACUUGUUCAAAGUCAGAGUUGAUACAGCGCUCACCAGAUCUCCACUCUAUGAUCAUGCCAGUCAACAAGAAACCAAUGGCUUCCUUUGUCACAGCUCCAGUACCUGCGGAUUUUCAGAGUGAAAUUGUGCCCCAGUAUGACAGCAGUACCUUUGUCAUGAACAAUUUUUCACAGCUGCAACACAAAGCUGAUCCUGUAUACUCCCCUCCCCUCCAUGUCAAUGGGCUCUCAUGGAGGCUAAAGGUUUAUCCUGAUGGUAAUGGGGUUGUUAGAGGAAAUUACCUCUCUGUCUUCCUAGAACUUAGUGCAGGGCUCCCUGAAACUUCCAAAUACGAAUAUAGAGUAGAAAUGAUUCACCAGGGCUCUAGAGAUGCUAGUAAAAAUAUUGUUAGAGAAUUUGCCUCGGACUUCGAAGUGGGCGAAUGCUGGGGUUAUAAUAGGUUCUUCAGGCUUGACCUUCUGGCCAGUGAAGGUUACCUAAAUACAGAGACAGAUACGCUUAUUUUACGGUUCCAGGUUCGUCCGCCUACCUUCUUCCAGAAAUGCCGGGACCAACAGUGGUACAUUCAUCAGCUCCAGACUCUCCAAGCUCAAUAUAUUCAACAGAUUAAUAAUUUAAAGGAGAGAAUAGCAAUUGAAUUGUCCCGAAAUUCAGUUGCGAGUAGCAAAAGUGUAGGCAACCCUGAUGGCCUGCCUCAUGUGGAGCGACCCCAAACCUCAUCCCCAAAACCCAACAACAUCAACAUCCAUCCACACCACCCUCAUCCUCUGCCACAGACCAAACCCCAGCGCACACACCACAUCAACAAGAGUGUUGAGCCUGUCGAAUUGGAGGCCGAGAGACAGUCUACGAGCUCCUCUGAUACUGAGGACCUGAGUGAGGGAGAAUUGAACGACCAAGAAGAGGGACCAGACCACAGCAUUGCCACAGCCGAAUAUGCUAGCAACGAUGAAAAUGAUGUGGACGAUGAGACGAUGAGUGGAGACAAUGAUGUGGAACACUCCGCUGCAUCCUCUCUCCUUGCUAGUCUCCAUGAAGCUUCAGCACUUCAUGACCGGCCCAUCCUCAACCAUGGCCGGUCCCACAACACCAACUUCCUGUCUGAUUUGGAUUCGUUGACAGAGCAGCUAGGGGCGGUUGGCAGCAUACAGCCCGACUUGAGCUCGCCCCAAGGUGAUGAGAUGAUGCUGCUUCACCUUCUGGAGAUGCAAGGUCGAGGGGGCCCUGACCAUCGCCGGCCCUGGAACAAGCCGUGCCUCGGUGGCAUUGGCUCAAGGCACAAGUCAAACCGCAUGGUUCGGAAGCCCCUCCUCCCCAUCGCCUCAAGCGUCUUAGACACACUGCAGCUCGACAUGGCAACUCUCCUCCAGUCAAAUCUUCCAGCGCAUUCCGGCAUCUCCUCCCUGCAAGCACACACAGGUGGGCUUCCAGACCAUGACCGCCCAGUCAUGCAGCAUCCGCAGCACCUCAAUAAUACAAGUCCACCUACAAAGAGUGGAUACAGACCACCCUUGGCUCCACGGCCUUCUUUGUACACUCACCAAUUAGCAGAGGAAGCAAAGAAGGAAGCCCAGUCAGCAUCUAAUGUUGCAGAUAAGGACUUGAGUGAGUCAUCAAUGUGUGACUUGUCGUUGGAUCCGGUGUCACUGUCGGACAUGACACUAGAAGAGGGUCCUCUCUCUGUUGUUGAGGAACCAGAGUCUUUGGGAGCUUCAGGUGCAGCCGCAGCAGCACCGGUGACUGCAUCCUCUGCUGCAUCGGCGGCAGUGUCGGGGGGAGUAGCACCAUCCGCACCUGGUGACAGCGCAGUUAGCAGUGACAACACCAGCGGCAAUGUCAGCGACGGCGGAACAGAGGUACCUUGCAUCCCCGCCCUCAACACUGCAAGGCUCAUCGCACGCAUGAACAAAAUGGCGGAAACCAAAGGAAGUGAAAAAGCGGGCUGGGCAGCAGCUGCCAGUCUCCCGUUUACCCUUGGCUUCAAAAUACCCGCAGAGAAGCAUACCCAAGAUAAAGCUCAGGACAAGAAUAGGGAUAAAGAAGACAGGAGACCCACCAAGGAUGACAAGUGAGAAGAAGACAUAAAAGAGCCACUGUCUGUGGCUGCGUGUUGGAGAGAAGGGAAAAUGGUUGGGAAGGUUUAAACCAAAGUUAAUUUUAUGGCCAAAUUUGAAGCAGAAAAGAAGAGAGAGAAUUUGAACAUGAAUUUUGUUGUAGAUUGUAUAUGAAUUAUAAGUUGGGAAAAGUAAUUUUAAAUGAAUAAACUGCAGGUAUGCAGAUUAUUUAAUAUUUUGUUAUUGUUGUAUCUUUUUUUCCACUGAAGACCAAAACUCUUAGAAAAAUGUUGAGGUGCCAAAUGCCCUAACUUGCAAUGCUGUGCUGCAAGUUAGAAGCAUAGGCAAAAUCCUGCAAGAUGUAAAGAAUAAAACUCAUCAGAUGUUGAAAAUUGCUGAAAGCUAGAGAGUUAUCAGCAAGCAUCCAGUAGUAAUUCAUAAUUACAACUUUAUGAUGUUUGUGAAGAAAAGUCACAGCCAAAGUUUAGUUUACUGUUUUUUAAUAUCAAAUAUGAUUCAAGUGUUCCCAAAUGUUAGAUUGUGUUGGUUGGUUUUAUAUCUAGGGUUUAUUCUGUGAAGUAAUGUGGAGUUAUAAUGAUUUCCCAGUGAUGCAUUAAAAUAAAAAUAAAAUAAAAUUAGAGAAGUUAGUGUAAACUUUGAAGUAAUGAAUUGUUAAGCAGUCUUGUUCCCUUUUCUCCUGGAUAGAACACAUGUAUUCAUACUAAAGAACCCAAUUCAUCUGGCUUUUGCUCAUGAAAAGGAUGAUGGUUUUCGUCCUCAUUUUUAGACAGAUUAUACAGAAAACUUUUACCCCUCAAGUUAUUUUUAACUGAAGGGCAGAAUUACCAUGGUAGCAUUGAUGUGUAGGACAUCAGUGUCUCUGAACUAUUUUGUAUGUAGUAGAUAUUUUACCUGAGAAUUAAUAUGACAUAGAAGGCCAUCUUCUGUUAGGGAAAUAUAUGUUCAUGGCUAAUUGUUGUUAAUACUGUUCAAGUAUAUAUUUUUAGUCAGAAUGUGAGAAGUGACUGUAUACGUGGUAAAGUGAGAAUACAUGGUGUUGUGCAAGAGACCGGAGAAAGUAAAUUGUUAUUUUUAUUCUGAACACUGCAUUUUAAAGUAAAAAAAAAAAUUGUGACAUUUAGUCUAGCACAUUGCAGUUCAGUUAAUGCAUUUGUGUGGAAUUAGAAGUAGAAUUAUAUGUAUCCAGUUAAAUGCAUUUUACACCAACAAAAUUGAACCUUUCCAACUGAAUUAACUUGAAAUGGGUCUGAAAAGCUGGAAAUUGUUACAGAGAUAUUUAUAUGUGAAAGUUGGUGCUCUGAGCUGGACUUGGUGAAGAAAGUGUUAUUCUGUAAAAUAUGUAAUAUAUUAAUAUAUUAAGAAAACUAAAGCAACCCUUCAAAUUUUGCACUAGACUGGUUGCUGCCUUUACUAAUGUUUGAAAAGAAAAAUUACAACUGCAAUUUACUGUCACCUCCAAUGGUGCAUUUCAUGACUGACUAUGAAACGGAAAACUUGUAUGGUUAUAAAUGAAGUCUCCUGAAAUACUGAAGAGGAAUACUAAGGCAACUAUAGUGUUUAUAAGGGGGAAUUUCUCCAUAUUAUUUCAUGUGAGUCACCAAAUCAAGGCUAAAGGUGUAAAGGCAUUAUAGCUUUGUUUAUAUUUAACUUCUUAUUGGAGGUCAGAAUCUUUCAGUUAGUCUCUAUGCAGGAAAUGGAAUAUGAUGUAGAGGCUCUCUGUCUAACUUGUAUUAUUUUGAAUCUUUUUAUAUGAUGGAUUACAAAAUCUGAUGUUACUCAGAUGUAUUCGUAAAUAGAAUACAUUAAAAGCUGUAUGAUUAUUUCCAUUUCAUAAAUCAUAUAUUUUUUUCAUAAAAAUUGCAUUAUUUUUCCAUGAGGAUGUACAAAUGCCUUACUUUCUCUCUCUCUCUCUCUCUCUGCCUCUCUCUUAGAUACUGCUAUGUUGAUUUGAUGUCUUUUGUACCAGAAGGAUUUCUUAUUUAUUUUACAGACAUCUUAGAAUAAAGAGAUUUACAACAUAACUGUU